GCCAAUAUUUAGCCUUUUUCAAUUUUUUUUCUGAAAUUAGAGAUUAUUCUUCGACGACUACUUUGACACAAAAAGCUACAUUUGAAGAAAAUUGCUGACCCGAAUGUAUACUGUAACCUUAACAAAAUUUUUAACUUGGAAUUGCCUGUAGGUUUACAGGAUGAUAAUAGUGAUAGAUAACUCCAGUCAAUAAGUUGAAGGUCAAUAUAGUUGCCAAAUAAAAAGUCAACGCGAGGUUGAUUUUCUGAUGACUUAUUCAUAGCUUUUCAUAUCAUCUCGUAUCAUGGGAAAGAAAAGUUUGUUUAAGCGUGGUAUCGCUUUAUCGGAACUAUAUGAAAAUUCAACGCGUAAUUAAGAAAACGAGCCCUAUUUUUUAGUUAAGGCACAUUUUGUCCCCUCUUUCUGGGCGAUAAUUGAACAAAUUUGCUUCAUACCUUCUUACCCUGCCAAAUUGCUAGAUGUUGUAAAACCAGUAUUGUGAUGUGAUUUUUCUCUAGCGUUACCAUAACAUAAUCCGUUAUUUCGCCCGUUAGAAGGCCGUAAUGAGAAAUCUCAAUUCAAGUAAAACGCGUUUUUUAACAUCGAGCUGACAUUACUUGCGCUAGAAAUUAAACCAUGAAGUCGAAUAGUAGAAUUUGGGAAACUGAAACUUGUUCAGUCUGUAAGCCAGCUGUGAUGGGGUUCUAGCUAGUCCGACCAUAGGCAUUCGUGAUCUGUGGAGAGUUGUCAGAGUUUGGCUCAAAUGACUUAGAGUUUGACGUAAUCAGCAUUGCACAAAAACUUUUUCAGGUUUCGCGGUCGAGAGGUCCCGGCAGUAAGUAUAGACCGCUAUCUCGAUCUUACGUUAAGUCAAUAUCGGUAAAUUUAUAUACUGUAAACUACGCCUAUGCAGCUAAAAAUGCAGUAACUGUUUUCUCUUAGACGACUGUCGGAAUAUUGAAUUCAGAGAAAAGAUAGAAAAUAUGGUUCUUAGCUCACACGUCACCAAAAGCAUGCGGGUACUUAACGAGGAAAAUUGCGAGAUAAAUUGCUACCUGGAAGCAAACUGUGUGUCCUAUAACUACGGCCCAGCGGAAGAUGAGCUUUAUCUAUGCGAGCUUAGUGACAAGAAUCACUUGCAAGUCCCUUCUGAUGAGCUGGAGGCGAGACGUGGCUUUAUAUACAGACCUGUUACUCCGAAUGUCUGUGUAACCAGUCCUUGUGCGAGUUAUUCGACCUGUCAGACAGGAUAUGGUGAAGAAGGCUACCGAUGCCUUUGUCCUCACGGUUUCCAUGGAGAUAAAUGCCAGUUAGAUAUUGAGGAAUGUCUAAUCGGCGGCCACAACUGUUCACAAAAUGCAAUAUGCGCCAACGUACCAGGAUCGUUUCUCUGUAACUGUAAACCUGGAUACACUGGAGACGGAGUGGAUUGCACAGGUAUGUCUGAACUCUAAAGACAUCUCAGCUUUCCAUUUUUACGUAUUCUCACUCUACAGUGCAUUCACCACUUUAGAAACGCGAAGAAGUCUGGGGCGAGUAUCAUCUAGCAGGCGCUUUUGUUUUGCUCCAGUAACGGUACCACGAGCUACUGAAGACUUGAAAGAUACGAAUCUUAUUACCCACCUACCCGUCAGAAGAAAACUUCUCUAAUGGAGCACCAUUCGUUUUCCCAAAUUAAAUUAAUGGUCCUUGCAAGGGCAAGAUUGACACGGAAGUCCGUUUUUUCCGAGUCGCACGAUAAUGCGUUUCAAAAUUCUACAUUAGAAUUCAGUGUUGGUAUUUGCAAAGAUAACCAUGAUUGCAAGUAACGAUUACUUUGAU